AUGUUUUUUAAAAACAUAUUGAGAAAUACCAAUGAAAAUGAAAACAAUAAUGACACUAAUACUAAAGAUAAUGUAGUGAAAGACAUGUCAUAUACUAUAAAUAAGAUGAAUAGCAAUUUAAAUAUGACUGAAUUUAAGGAAAAUGUCGAAAUUUCCUACUUAAAUAAUUUUAAUAAUCAGAAUAAUAGUAAUGAUAACUUAAUGAAUGGUAAUAAUAAUUAUUCAACUAAUGAACACAUAAUUAAUAAUAAAACUGACAAUGAACCGAACCAAAAUUUCUCAGAUGAAAAAAACGAAAUAAAUAAUUUAAAUGAAAAUAUAAAUAUAAACCCGGAUAAAAGUAAUGAUAUAGAAAUAAAUAAUUGUUCAGAGGGUCAAAAGGUACUAAAUAAUGUCAUAAAUCCAAUUCCAAAAAAACGAGGAAGAAAAAAACGAGGAGAAAUAGCUCCAAAUAAUAAUGAUUUAAAUGUUCAACUUGCGAAAAGAGUGAGUGUAAAAAAUUCUAAAUACCACUCAUUUAUAGAACAAGAAGUAGGUAAAAAAAGAAGAGGCCGAAAAGGUAAUAAUAGUUAUGAAAAUGAUAUCAAAGGAAAUGAAGGUAUGUUUUUUAAUUCGAGUAUGAAUAAUUUUGAAAACAUGCAAAACAUCGAUAAUGACCAUAAUAUGCUUAAUUUAAAUGUCGAUGAUAAUAACAUCAAUAAUAAUGACAAAAAUAAUAUUAAUAAUUAUUAUAUGUAUGACAGACCUCCAUAUUAUUAUUGUGAUGUUAUGGGAAAGGAUGGUAUUAUUCAACCUUCUGAAUCAACGUUAAAUGAUUAUCAAAAUGUAUAUGGAAAUGAUUUUAUAAAUAAUAAUUUAUAUAAUGGUAUGCAAACAGAUCAAAUUAAUUAUAAUUAUUAUUUAAUGGAUAAUAAUAAACAGGAAAAUCCUAUGUUUUGUCAUGAAAAUAUGAUACCUAACGAUGUUAUGAACACAAACAAUCCCACUAAUACUAAUACUGUAGUAGAAGUAAAGCGUAGAGGUCGAAAGAAAAAAAUAAAAAAUGAAAAUAUAUUGAAUAAUAAUAAUUUUGUUAACAAUAGCAAUCUUGGGGAUUCUAUUGAGUUAGGUGAUAAUUUGAAUAAUGGAAAUUCUUUAAAUGGUCAAUGUAAUCUUCCAAUUAUUGAAAAAAAAAAGAGGGGAAGAAAAAAGAAAAACGUAAAUAAUACAAUAAAUUCUGUGACAGGUUUAAAUAUAAAAGAAAAUGGUAUGGAACCUAAAAAUGAGAGAAUCAUUGAUACUAGUACCAAUCCUAUGCAUGGGCUCCAAAUUAAUAAUAUGGGAAUUGGUGAUAUUAAGAAUGAAAAUACCCAAGUGUUACAAUUUUCCUCUAACUAUAACAACAAUAAUAGUAACAUUUUAGUCGAUUAUAAUAGGCAAUCAAAUGGUCUAAAUUUUCAAAGAGAAAAUAUUGAUAAAGGUAAUGUUGAUAAUACAAAUAAUAAUUAUAUAAUAAAACAUAAUGGGGAAUACACUAUUCAGAAUAAAGAUGAAGUUGAAAAUCCGAAUUUUGAAUUUACAAAUAAUAAUAAUUUUUUAAAAAAAAGAAAAUAUACAAAAAGAAAACAUAAAGAUAGAAGAAGCAACGAUGGGAAUAAAAAUUCUAGAAAUGAAAUGUCAAAGUAUGUUUCAAUUUAUAAUAAUUCAGUUAAUGACAAAAAUAAUACCAUUCAUAAUGCAUCUAAUGUUUCAAGAGAAAUUGAAAAUAAUAUAUAUGUUAAUAAUAAAAACAAAGAAAUUAAAACAAAUAAUAACAAAACACUCACAAAUGAACCCUAUCAAAUUAAAGAAGAAUUUAUGAACAAUGUUAAUAGUAUUAACACUGUUUUUAAUUUUAAUGAAGAAUUUAUUAAUUUUUUAAAAAAAGUAAAUAAUUUUGAUGAUAUAGAUUAUAAUAGUAUGCUAUCCUUUUUAGGUAAUGUACAAAAUAAGUUAACUAUUUCCCUAAAAGAUGAAUAUUCUACAGAAAGUUUUAAUAUUCAUAACGUUGAUCACACUAUUUAUGCUAUGAAAAAAAUUGUAGAUAUUCUAAAUAAUAAUAACGAAAUAUUAAAUAAGUUGAAUCAAUUAGAAUAUAAAAUUUAUUGUGAUUAUUAUAUUGCGAAAAAUCAAAAUCCAAUUCAAGAAUUGCAUAAUAAUACAGAUAACAAUAUAAACAAAUUUUCUGAGACUGAGCAUAAAGAUGAUAAUCAUAAAAUUGUUAUCGAAGAUGAAAAUGAUGAACACAAAUUAGAAAACUCAAAGGAUAAAGAAAUUUUAAACAAUAUAAAUAAUGAAAAUGAUUCUCACAAUAAUCCUGAAUGUAUUAAGAAUAAGUUGUGCAACUUUAAAUUGAAUGAAGAAGAGAAAAACCAAACUAAUGGAUGUUUGGAGAGCAAUCAAACAAGUAACAAUAAUUUAAAAGUAAAUGAUGAUAGUGUAAAAAUAUGUGAAAGUGAUAAAGAAAGAAUAUGUCAAGAAACAAAUAAUAUAAAAGAUGAUGCACAUAAUAAUAAAAAGGAAGAAACUUCAAACGAAUACAAUAUAAAUAAAUUAUAUUUUAAUAAAACUAUUGAUUUUAUAUGUAAUGAAUUAAAUGAAUUUAUAAAAAGUACAUUAAAAAAUGAAAAUAUAUUUUAUUCUCUUUAUUCGGAUGGAAGAUAUCAUAAUGUAUCUGAAAAAAGCUUAUACAAAAAUUAUAUAUCUACUAAAUUGUAUAAGCAUAAUAAUAUUAUUGAUAGAAGCAAAAUAGGAAGAAGAGAAAAAAUUAUUCUUAAUAAGUUACAUAAAAAUGGAGAAAUAUGUGAGGAUGUUAUAAAUAGAACAUCAAAAUAUGUUGAAGAAAAUGAACCCAUGGAAGAAAAGGAUCAAUUAUUGCUAGAUCGUUACACUGAAUUGUUCAGAAAAAUGAACAAUAUAAGUAAAGAUCAUAGUAGUAGUUGUUAUCAAAUUAAUAAGCUAUACAAUAAUGAUUAUUGUGACGAUUUAGAAAACUCAUUAAUAAAAGAGUGUGAUGCUGAUAUAAACAAACACCAUUAUAAUAAUGGAUUACAAAUAGAUCAACAUACAUUAAUAAAUAAAGAUAAUAAUAUGAAUUUUCAUAAAAAUCAUGAAUAUAAUUCUUUAUGCCCAAAUUACGUAAAUAAUAUAAAUCAUGAUAAUCAUAUGAUGAGCAAAAAUGAAGUAACCAGAAAAACAGAUAUGUUAUAUAAGUCACCAAAUAAUAGUACCAAUAUUAAUAACUUUAGUCAUAUUGAUAUUAACAAUUGCUCAACAGGGAAUAGUAUUGUGGAACAUAAUAAAGAUGGUGAAUCUGACGGAAUGGGAACUUGUUAUACUACACAUGAUAAUGGUGUGAAUAUAAUAAAUGAACAAUAUAAGAAAAGCAAUAAUGGUCAUAAUAAUGAUAAUUUAUUUGAAUGCCUUGAAGGAACAAUUAAUCAGGAAAGUAUGGAUGAAAUGAAUAAACUACACAAUGCUGAAACAACAACAAUUAUAUGUGAUGAUAUAGAAUAUAAAAAUAACCUUUUGGAUAAAAAAGUUAAUGGAAAAACAAAUAUUAUUGAUAAUAAUACGAAAAAUGAAAGUAAUGAAAACCAAUGCUUAUUAAACAACGGAAGUAAUAAUAUAAUUCCUAUUAAUGAUAAUAAUGAAUCUUGUAAUUUGACACAUAUUUGCAAUACCAAUUCAGAAAAUUUAGGUGAUUCAAAUAUUUGUUGUAAAAAUGAUAUGAAUAAUUUGAAUAUGGAGCAAUGUGAUUAUAAAAAAAACUUACAAUCCUUGUUAAAAGAAACGGUUAACUUUAGAGAUGAUAAACUCAUGCAAAUGAAAGUGAAUAAAUCACAGAAGGAAAUGUUAAAUUGUUUAAAAAUGGUUUCAAAAAUUAAACAAAAAUUUUUUGAUGAAUGUACGCAAAUGAUAAAUAAUCAAAUUUUUACUUUAGAAAAAAAUUUUAGGAUUCCUGAUUGCUCCCUAUCUAUGCCAUCAAAUGAAUUAUGUUAUAAUACGAAUAGCUAA